GGUAUGCUAGCUACUAGCUGCUAGCAUACCACUAAGUGAAGUAAGUUAGCUUGUAAUACAAAGAUAAAAGCCUUUUAAAAUGAAAAAGCACAGCAGAAAUGUUUCUGACAGAAACACAGCAAACACUCCAACAUCCUGGUGAAGGAAGACAGCUGGAAGAGAUUAGCAUUUAUUAAAAGAGACGACAGAAAUCAAGGCGGAGACAAAGGUCACAACAGGAUUCAAACCAUCGUGUUCAUGAUCAGCGUGGCUCCCUGACACAUUUCAUUCAAGAGAAGGUAAAUACAUGACCUUCGUCAUGGACCCUUUAAUGUAUCCAAACAUCAUCAAACAUGGCCGCCAGCUGGAUUUCCACGAGUUCACCAACAGGGUGGCGCCCUUCACCUUUGGCUACCCGCCCGUCGUCAACCAGAAGUUCCCCGGCUUGCAAGAGCAGAUCAGACGCUCCUUCCAGCUCCUCCAGGGAGACAACCUCCGGCCGCUGACAGAGAGCAUGACGGAUAACCUCAUGCUGGUGUUUCGUCAGGACCACCUGGGCGAGAGGCCGGAGGAGGAGGGCGGCUGGAAGACGGACAGCAUGUAUGAGUUCUGCAGCUCGGUCAUGUUCGAAGCCACCUUCCUCACCUUGUACGGCAGGCCGGCGUCCGCCAGCCGCCACGACAGGAUGGGCGUGAUGAGGGAGGACUUCAUCAGGUUUGACACCAUGUUUCCGCUGCUCAUCGCUCAGAUGCCCAUCUGGCUGCUGGGACGGACCAAGGCGAUCCGCGAGAAGCUGACCAACUACUUCCUGCCACAGAGCAUGUCGCGCUGGUCCAACACUUCACAGUUCAUCAGGAGGAGAGCCGAGGUGUUUGAGCAGUACGACAUGCUGAGGGACAUCGAUAAAGCAGCUCAUCACUUUGCCAUCCUUUGGGCGUCUGUGGCCAAUUCCACCUCUGCCACCUUCUGGGCCAUGUAUCAUCUGGUGAGUCACCCUGAGGCCCUGGAGGUCGUCCGCCAGGAGAUCCAGGAUGUUCUGAGGCUCAGCGGGGUCGAGUUCAGCAGCGACCGAGAUGUGACGCUCAGCAAAGAGCAGCUGGAGAAGCUCUCCUACCUGGGGAGCACCAUCAACGAGAGCCUCCGCCUGUCCUCCGUCUCCAUGAACAUCCGUGUGGCUCAGGAGGACUUCAGUCUGCGUCUGGACGACAAGCGUUCGGUGGCCAUCAGGAAAGGAGACAUCAUCACCCUGUACCCUCAGAGCAUGCACCUGGAUCCCGAGAUCUACGAGGAGCCGCAGACGUUCCGGUUCGACCGUUUCGUGCAGGACGGCAAAGAGAAGACGGACUUCUACAAAGACGGACAGAAGUUGAAGUAUUACCGCAUGCCGUUCGGCUCCGGCUCCUCCAAGUGUCCCGGACGCCACUUCGCCGUCAACGGGAUCAAACAGUUCCUGUGUCUGCUGCUGCUCUACUUCGACCUUCAGCUGGUGGAAGGUCAGACCAGAGCGACCUGGGACUCCAGCAGAGCCGGCCUCGGCAUCAUGCAGCCCACCACAGACGUUCGCUUCCGCUACAGACUGAGAGCAGUUUAACUGGGAAUGACAUGUUGCUCUGAGUGUGUUAGUGUUAGCGGCUCCACAUGCAGUAGACAGUCCUCUCAUUUCAGAUCUAAGAGUCAUUGAAACUGUUGCAGCAUUUUGUUUUCUAGGGAGGGGACACUACUG